CCCAAAUCUUUCAAGAUCCAAUCUUUCUUCCUUCGAACAAAAAACCCAUCUCCAAAAAUGCCACCCACAACCACAACUUACGGCACCAUCACCUCCAGCCCAACCUCCACUUCUUCACGUGCCAAACACAUGCGCCGCCCAUGGCAGAACUUGUCUCCCUCUCCUCCUUCUCCCUCCCCAUCUCCUAUGGCGAUGCCAAAGCCCGAAUAAAACUGAGCCUCUCUUACUUCCGCGUAAACUACGUAAUCGUAAUGCUAACAAUCGUCUUCUUAACUCUCCUUUGGCACCCAACUUCAAUGAUAGUUCGUUUGAUUACUUUCAUUUUCUGGUGGUUUUUUUACCUCUUUAAUGACAACCCAGUUGUUUUUUCCAACAAAACGGUGGAUGAUAAUGUUUUCUUGGGGGUUUUGAGUUUUGUUACUGUGGUUUCAUUGGUUUUGACUCAUGUGGGUGUUAAUGUUUUAGUGGGUUUGAUUAUUGGGGUAGUUGUUGUAGGUGUUCAUUCUGCCUUUAGAAGAACUGAAGAUUUGGGUUUUGGUGGGGUAGAAGAAUAG